AUGCGUCUCUCGCUCCUAACCCUCUCGACUUUUGUCGUUUUGUCAGCUGCUUCGAUCCUCCCAGGUAUCCCCACGGCCAAUUUUACUCCCCGGGAACAUGCCAAGGCGGUUGAAUUCUCCUCAUUCACUUCCAUUAUUGUCGAUGCGAAAUACGCCAAUGUCCGUGACAACAAUGGGCAGACGCUGAUCCCCCCCUCGUUGGCCGAGUUUGCUGAAACCUUUGCCGAUGACUUAUCGUCUUUGGGCUUCAAGCUGUCGACAAAAGUGGGUUCCAAGCCUCGUCCGGGGACUAUCUUCCUGACACUCGGCCAAACAAGCGACUACCUGGAUGUCGCCGACCGAGAGACCUCUGAGGGCUACUCGAUCGAUGUUGAUAAGUCCAUCACAGUGAAAGGUGCCAGUCCGCUGGGUGUUUGGUGGGGGACUCGAACCAUACUUCAACAGAUUUUACUUGCAGAUGGAAAAUUGCUGUCUGGGAGUAUUCACGAUAGUCCCGCAUGGGGAUCUCGUGGCAUGAUGGUAAGCCUCCUCGAUGCAGCUCGACAGUACUAUCCUCCCAGCUUCAUCGUGGAGCUCUGCUCAUACAUGUCCUUCUUCAAACAAAAUACUCUCCACCUUCAUCUCAGCGAUAACCUCUGGAACAACCCAGAACUCUUUGACUUUGAAGAACAGAUGAGGCUAUACGCCACCUUCCGGCUGUACUCUGACGACCCGCGAGUCAAAGGUUUAAACAAGAGGCCAGAGGAGUCUUAUACUCGCCAGGUGUUUGACGAUAUCCAGUCCAAGUGUGCUGCCCGUGGAGUCACUAUCCUGCCCGAGAUCGAGGCCCCUGGCCAUGCUUUAGUCUUUUCGCAGUGGAAACCUCAGAUUGGCAUGUCUUCUGACUACACGCUGCUCAACAUCACCCAUCCGGAAACCAUCCCGGCUGUCAAGACGGUGUGGAAGGUGUUUUUACCGUGGUUCCACAGCAAGACCGUCUCCAUCGGUGCAGACGAAUACAGGGACAGCAGCCUCGACGAAAAUGCUCUAACAGCCGAGUAUGAGCGGUUCGUAAACGAACUGGACCAUUUCAUCACUCAGGAAUCCGGAAAGAAAAUCCGCAUCUGGGGAACCUUUCCUCCAUCUUCAGGCAGCCACGUGGACAAGUCAGUCUCGAUCCAGCACUGGGCCAACUUUGAAGCGCACGCCGUCACAGACUGGCUCGCCAACGACUACAACGUCCUAAACUCGGGAGAUGACCUGUACGUUGUGUCGAAGUGGUCAAGCGGCUAUCCUCAGGCCUUGAACCAGACCUUCAUCUUUCACGGGUCUCCUGAUGGGAGUACUUUUGCGCCAAACAUUUUUGAUCCUACCAACGAGACGGAGAAUACAGCGCGCGAUGAUCCGAGGAUCGAAGGUCAUAUCGCUCCUUUGUGGACUGAUUGGGGUCCCAACUCGACUACCAUCUUCGAGACAUAUUACAGUUGGCGGGAUGGACUUCCGGCUCUUGCUGACAAGCAAUGGGGUGGCAAGUUGACUAAGGAAGAAUAUCCGUCACUCUUUGAUGCCCUUCAUCCUUUCGUUCCUGACCAGAAUCUAGAUCGCCGGAUUCCGUCCAGGGGUUCCACGAUUCUAGAAUACGACUUUACCAAAAACUCUCGUCAGGGUAUAGUCAAGGACAAGUCGGGCAACGGCUAUGAUGCCAAAUCAUCCUGCAAAAGCACUCAGAGAGGUGUCCGUCUUUCACGCUCUUGCAAGGUGACAACCCCUCUGUCGUCCAAGGGACGAGACUACACCUUUUCAUUCUCCAUCAACCCAACCUCCAAAAAGACUGGGCCAAUUUUCACAGGACCCGACAGCUCGCUCUGGGCCGGACACGGAAGCACCCCCAACAUAACCCUCGUGGCAGACGACUCGGCUUACACCCUGAACUACACCUUUCCCCUAAAUAAGUGGACGAAUGCCAAGUUGAUAGGCAAAGGACCUAGGACCUUCCUCACUGUUGAUGACCUUGAGCCAAUGGAGUUCCUCACCAAGAUUGGCAUCCGUGGUAGGCGAUACGUGUGGGACAAGAUUGCAGUCGAAGCUCCGUUGAACGUGAUUGGCGGAGGAGACUUUGAGGGCAUCCUGGGCCAUGUCAAAUUAGAAGAUUAUGCGUGA